AUGGAACCUAGUUCAAAUAAUAACACAGAUGCAAUAAAUGUUUUACAAUGUGUCUUGCUUCCAAAUUACAAAUAUAUAAUAAGUUCUUUCAAGCAAGAUUUACAUAAUAAAGAUCUUGUUAAUAAUAAUGUUAAAGCUGAAACUUACACAACAGCUGAACUUGACAUGCUUAAUACUCCUUUAAUACUUCUUUCCACAAGCACUUCUAUUGGAGGUUUAUCUCUUGCUGUAAUUCUUACUUUAGAUGAAAAAAUAGAUACUUUAAAAAAAGCAUUAGAUAUAAUAAAAAAUAAGAUGUCAUCAGCAACAUUUGGUGAACAUGGAUCUAGACUUAAACUACAAAUAAUUAUGACUAAUAAUUGUAAGACUGGAAGAAUGGCAUUAAGCCAUAUCUAG